GCGCCGGCCAUGGGCUCCGAGGCGGCGCUGCUGCUGGAGGCGGCGGACUUCGCGGCCAGGAAGCACAAGGAGCAGCGGCGGAAGGACCCCGAGCGCACCCCCUUCAUCAACCACCCCAUCGGCGUAGCCAGGAUCUUGGCCCAUGAGGCUGGCGUGACCGACAUCGUCGUGCUGCAGGCCGCCCUCCUGCACGACACGGUGGAGGACACGGACACCACCUUCUCCGAGAUCGAGGAACGGUUCGGGGAGGAGGUCAGGCGCGUCGUGGAGGAGGUGACGGAUGAUAAGACGCUGCCCAAGAUGGAGCGAAAGCUCCUGCAGAUCGAGCACGCGCCCGGCAGCAGCCCCCGGGCCAAGCUGGUCAAGCUGGCCGACAAGCUGUACAACCUGCGGGACCUGAACCGCUGCACCCCGGAAGGGUGGUCGUCGCAGCGUGUGCAGGAGUACUUCCUGUGGGCGGCGCGGGUGGUGGCCGGUCUGCGCGGGACGAGCCCGCCGCUGGAGGCGGCGCUGCAGCGGCUCUUCGAGGAGCGCGGCCUGGCCUUGUGA